UUCAGUUCGUAGUAUAAUGCAUGUUGCCAUCAUAACAAAUCAAAUGAACUAAAACAUAUUACAUAUUAACAACUUUGUCCAAUUUUCCACCAGAAACCAACAUCGAAGUAGAAUAGUGAACGUUUUUUCUGCUCCAAAAGAUGAUAACAGACACAAAAAAACGCAUGCAUCAUAUUUAAACCGAUAAUUCAUGGAAAUGAUUAAAGCGGUUCUUAUAGCAAUAAUUGUAGGAGUUACUAUUUGGUCGACACAAGCAAAUAACUCGAAGGAAUCAGAAUGCAGAGAGGAAUUAGAACAAGAAUUGCACGAGUAUGUCAAAUUGGAUGGUUGGCAGAAACUUUUCACACAACAUUUUAAGUUUAUUGUUAAUGAGAAUGGUGAAGUCUUAAGUGAAAGAAAACGACUGAAGUUUAAUACAAUUAUACACAAUGCAAUUUAUGGGUGCAAUCAUGAACGUGACGACGAAGUAGACGAUUGCCCAAAUAUUUAUCAUGGAAGUAUAAGGUCGUGUAAGCAUGGAAAAAAUAUCAGAUCCGCCAUGUUUCGAGCAGCAAGAUGCAGUUUUGUCGAAUUGUCCGUCAAGCAUAUAGUUCUCAGUGAUGCUUUGUUAAACUCAUAUCCAUUAAACAAGUUUAACAAAAUUCCUGCCGUUGUUGACAAACCAAUUAGAGAAUUCGGUGAAACUGUUGUCAAUAUGCUGACUAUACUUUCUCACGGUGAAACAGGUGGUCUUGGCGAAUUGAUGGCUUUGAAUUUAUACUUGAACAAUGUAUAUGAUACAGUCUUCCUACAAAAGAUACCAGUGGAACCAGUGACGUCAUCGGUUGAUGUGAAAAUUGCUAGGAAACACAUGGGAGACGUCCACAUGAUGCUUUUAGAUAAAUUUUACACUUAUUGGGACACUUGGUGUAGCGACAAGGACAUAGUGACUCAGUAUCGAUUAAAGUACAAAAACGACGAGUUCAUAGUAAUUUUAGACGAAAUGAACAAGAACAUCGCAGAUGCUGAAGAAUUGAUGCGGAGUUUAAACGUAUCCGAUAACGUAGUGGAUUUAGAUUUUGAUCCGAAGAGGAUUGCACUAACAGAUUUUGUGAACCAUCUAGUUUCAAAUAUACCCAUGCCGAAUGAGCUCUUGAUCGACUUGAAAUUAAAAGCAUUUGAGGCAUCAUUUGAAUUUAACCCUCAAGCUAUGUACGCAUACCAUAAGUCCGUGUUCAGGACAAUAUACAUUUGUUUUUACUGGACGACAAUAACUCACUUAAAACUAGGUAUUCAGUUUAUAGACGAAAUGGAAAUCCAUGAAAAUGUGACGAAAUACCGAAUGAAUUUUAUAGUUGACUUUAUCAAAUAUUUACGACCACUAACAGUGUUUAAUAUUCACCAAACUCAGUUUCCAUUAAAAUUGUCGACGGAGGCUUCGGGCAACUUGACCAGUUUGCUUUCCUUUUUGUUGAAGUUUUUUGAUAAUUUAAGAAAUUCAAAUUUCAAAGACGUGAUUUUACUAUCGAGACUAGAAAUUCAGAAAUUUGUAAGUUUAUUAAGUGCCGACAUGGAGACCAUGUUAAAUAUGAAAGCACCGGAAAAUUAUUAUUUUGAUACUAUAAGUUACGAAAAAACAUUAAAAUUAAUGAAAUCAAACUACCGAGUAUUUGCUCGUUUAGUUUUAGCAACAGGUGGUUUUAAAGAAGAUCGAAUAAAUUUGAUUAAAUUAAAGAAAUUUUUCUUCUUUUUGUCUGAAGCCGUCGAGUUUGACGAUAUUUCAUAAUUGUAACAUUUGCUGUUGAAUUAUAAUAAUAUGACGUAAAAUUUUGUUUGUAAAUAUAUAUUUUGUAAACUGUUAUUUAAAUGAAUUGCCUAGUUUUAUCAACGUAUAGGUACAUUUAUUUUGAGUAUGUAUCGUUAUACUUAACAACUAAAUAUGAUUACCUAUGUAUUUAUUAAGACUAUAUUAUAUUUUAUUUACGUAAGUAUAAGUAAUUGCUAUUAAGACUUUAAUGUUAAUAAAAAUAUAAUUAGUUUAUUAUACAUUUUAAAAUCACUUAUUAAUUGUUAGUAAUUUAUUGUUAAAUGCUAUAUUUAUGAUUUAUUUGUUUUUAUCUUUCUAGUAAUAGAAUGAUAUUAUUGUUUGGAUUUACAUUCAUACCAUUUUAGAAUCUAUACACUAUUUAAAUAAACAUUCGAUAUUGAUGACGAUGCAACGUUUAUUACACGUGCAUAAUAUAUAGUUAUAUGGUCUUAUAGCAUGUAAAUAUACGUAGGUAUACGGGUUUAUAGCAUAAUAUUAUACUGUGCAUCAUGCCUCAUAAUAUAAUUUCCCAUGUCCUAAUUUCCUAUAUGGCUAAUAGAAUAUUUCAGUUGAAGAAAAGCCAUAUUUAAACUGCAGUUGUAUAAACCACCAUAUAUUGGAAAACGUAUUAAAAAUAGAUGAAUAUAAAAAUGAAAACGAAAAGAAAAGAAAAUCUAAUCGCAUUUCCAUCCAUCGAGUACGCUAUCCGUCAUAUUAAACCUGCAGCAGCUCCAUAUAUAUACCGAGGCAGGAUAAAAAUAACAAUAACCGCGGAACCCUAUUCCCUGCAGGACCCUCUGGACCGCGCCUCAAUCCAUCACAGAGAUAAUACAAAAACAACGGCCGCAAAAGCCCUGUCGUCGCUAAUUCAAUCCGGUCUGCCGGUCACCCACACUCGGCUACCUAAUGGCUUCGGAGCGGCAGGAAACGACGAGAACAUUGGAAGUGCCCUGCACGUGUAUCGACGGCCAACCGGAUGUAUAUAAUAUUGACUUCAACGCGGGUAUCUACACCGCGAUAUAUAUGUACGUAUAGGUAUUAUCGUUAUAUUAUAAUAAUAUGGUCCCAGUGUGCAUAAAUUAUAAUUAGAUGCGGGACGUUCGGUGGUUAUGACGUAAAGCUUUUUAGUAGGAUAUAAUGUAGCUGCUAUUUCGAUAUUACAUUAUAUCCAUCAUGUCAUAGCUAGAGAAAUUAAAUUUUCUGACCGCCUUUGUUGAUAUUUUAUAGUGUAUAGGUACUAUAAUAAUUAUGUAUAUAAUGGUAUUUGUAUUAUUUUCGAAUCAAACAAUAAACCAAUCAGUCCUACCGCGGACAAUUCGAGUUGCGCAUAGACCUGCGUAGGUACUACAUAAUAUGACGUGCGCGUAAGAAUAGUCAGACAGAACACGUUUUAAGUAUACACUUUAUCAAUUUCAGCAAUAAUUAUUCAAACAGUAGUGUAUCAAUACAACCAUAAUGCGUAGUAGAAAUUCAAUAUCGACAAAGUGUUUUAUGUAUGACUUUUAUUAAUAGGUGUUCAAAUGUAAUACUGUUUUAUUAUUGGUGAAAAUAAUAUAAAUAAGUAACUAUGAUAUAAAGUUAUAUUCAAAAAAUACGAAUAAUUUUGAAUUGUUCUAAUAUUUGUUUUUCUCUUUUACAAUAAAUUGACAAACGUGCAAAGAGCAAAUUAUUAAUUUUUUUAUUUUGUUGUUUCAUUUACUCAUUUUUAAAUUACUUAGAUAAAAUGUACCGUAGAAAUGUAAAUAACAUCUGUAAUUUCUUUCAAAUAAAAAAAAACUUUUUGUGUCUCCAAAUCCAAUUAUUAUUAUAUAUUUAUAGGACUGCUUUCCACUUAGGGAAAUCGAAUUUUUUCGUUGGCAAAGUUCGGUUUGUCCCGAAGGGAGAAAGUUCGAUAACAAUAGGCGUGGCAUCGACGAUAAGGGAAGACAAAAGGCUCCGGAGAUACUAUAUUAUGGAAAACAGCGGUAGUCCGAAUAUGUCGAGGUUUCAUUAAUCACCGAAUCCAUCAGACAAUUGCCAAAAAAUAAUAAUAGUUACACAUUCCAAGUUAGGCAAAUUUGGGUAAUAGCACAAUGUCGUUUAACA